AUGAAUCAAUUUGGCCGGUACUUGCACGCGCUGCUUGGUGAAUCGACAAGCGGCAAUCGAACCUCGCCCCAAGUCUCACUCAUUAUUGAAUCGACCGUUCAACAGACACAAGAAGCAACCAAAGUCAUGAACAAGACAGACAUCUCGUUCCUCCUAAACCCGUCGGAACCCUUAGCUCCGACAACUCCCGAGCAUGCGCCUAGGUCACCAUCGACAUCACUUUUCAACAGCCUCUCGCCCAUCAUGAGCAGCCCCGAACGUGCUCCAGUCUCGUUCACGGGUCGUCUCCCGUACAUUGUCCCUCUUGAGAAACGCCGGUCCUACAAUUCCCGCAAGUUCGCACCAACACACAUGUCCAUGGCCGCUCUGUACUCCGAGUGCUUCAGUCCCAGUGACAACGAGCAGUCCGACAUUUUGACCGCUCCGUUAACGAACACAAUCGCCCGACCACGCAAGACCCACACUCCUCCGUGCCAGGUCGAGGGAUGCAAGAACCUUGCCGUCUCUCGUGGCUGCUGUGUGCGCCACGGUGGUGGAUCCAAGUGCACUGUAUCCGGUUGCAACAAGCGUGCCAAGUUGUACCAGCGCUGCUUCCAACACGGUGGCCACAAAAUGUGCACGGAGCCUGGCUGCACCAAGAAGGCCAAGCGCUACGGCCAUUGCUGGUCGCACGGUGGCGGCCACAUCUGUGAGGUGCCAGAGUGCACGAAGGUGUCGACCCAGGGUGGUUUCUGUUGGGCACAUGGGGGUGGUAAUCGCUGCAAGCAUGAAAGUUGCAACCGUCGUUCGUACCAGAAGUACAACUACUACUGCAAGCGCCACGCACCUCGCAAUUUGGUACGAUAACUUUUGCAAGACGUUGUAGAUUAUACCACUAUUUUAUUUUACUUCGGUACUGUUUUGCUUCCAGUUUCCAGUUUCAAAUAUAUUUCAGAUAUAAGCCAUAAAAUACGAAUAUCGCGUAUCAAAACUACC